GAGCAGCGAAGGCGGAAGCGGAGGAUGAGUUGCCGCCUCAGCUGUUGCACCAGCACGUGGGGCACCGCAAGGGGCGCGUGACGGACUUCCAGUGGCACCCCACCGACCCAUGGGUCAUCAUGAGUGUGUCGGAGAACUGCGCCGGCAGCGAUGAUGAGGCGGCGGCGGACGGCAGCCUGCAGGUGUGGCGCAUCUCGGACCUCGUCUACCGGCCCGCGGAGGAGGUGGUGGCGGAGCUGGAGGAGCACAGGCAAUUCAUCAUGCGCGGCACCUCGCCUGCCGACAAGGACAAGGGCAGGGAGAAGGACAAGGCGGCCAAGAGUGAGCGGGACAAGGCGGAGACGGACGCGGCUUCCUAGGGGAAGCGGCGGUUGGAAGGAGG